UCGAGGAGGGGAGAGUUGGAGAGAGAGAGAGGGAGGGGGUCGGGAGAUCGAGCAGGGAGGAGGGGUUUGAGAGAUCGCGGAGGGAGGAGGAGGUUGAGAGAUCCAGGAGAGAGGGGGAGAGCAUCCUUUCCUUGAGGUAGUGGAGGUGCCAGUGCAACUGGAGCGGCUAUGGCGUCUCAGGCGGCAGUCUCUGGGGCCCCGGUUGGGCGGGUUUCCCUGGGCUGCAGCAGGGAGAGAAGCCGCGAGGAGAUGGGUGGCACUGUGCGACGACAACGAAUGCACCGCUGCGCAUGCUGUGGAGCCUCCUUAAUUCCUGUUCAGGCAUCCACAAGCUUCCUUUCCGCCGAUCCAACUCGACGCCACGUGGCGCCUCUCCGACUCAUUCUCGCUCCUGGUCUAUCCCGACUCGGCAGUCAGUCUUUCGCCUCCUUCACCCCGCGCAUAAGAGGCUCUCCUACUCUCAGUCAACAACCGGCACGUCAGACUACCACAGUCCGAGCCAACGUCACGACUGGGACACGAAGUUCAGCAGAUGAUUCCCGCAUUAAUGGGCCUCAACAGGGCAUCCGGGAGCAUUUGGUGGGAAAUGGUGAUACUCUGUAUGGCAUCGCUCGAAAGUAUGGAUGCUCUGUGGAGGCUAUACUCAAGCUGAAUGCUCGGACGAUUGAAGAUCCUGACGACAUAUAUCCCAGGGAAGUACUUCUCAUCCCUGCUGCGCCCGGUCCAGCAACGAAUGUGACCAGACCUAAUGCCCAGUCAGCCACACAGGUCACUUCUGCUAUAGGCAAGACGAGUGGUGCCCAGCUAGUAGGAAAAGAACGGGUUUCUGUGCAGUCGCUGUGGGAUGAAGACAGGGCUUCGGCAAGUGAGAGCGAUGGAAAGCGGAAGAAACAGGAAACGUCAGGAGACGGGCCCAACAAGGGGUCCAGGCUUGCUGUUCUCAAGGGAGCCGAGAAGCCUCCUGGCAGCAGGACUGGAGGAGAAGCCCAGGCUGUGCGCUCUGCAAUCCAGGAAGUCCCAGAGCAGAAGGGCAGCAGUCGAAGCAGUCAAGCUGAUGAGGGAGUUAGAGCAAGAGCUGAUGCCUCAUCAUCUGGCAAGGUGGUUCCGGCUGCAAGGGGACGUGAAGAAGUGAACAAGGACCGUCCUUUGCCCAGCAUUAGUGUAUUGGAGAAAGCAGGGGGCGAUGCACCCGCUGCCAAAAGCCCUCAACAACAAAUUGAGGACACCGCUGCACUCAACUCUCCCUCUGCAGCAGCAGUGUGGAUCCAAGAAGUUGUCGCGAACGAUCCUCUGGUGGAAGUGGGUCCUGAGAUGAUUGCGAAAAGGAUGGGAUCGUCGGGCUCAGCCCAGUCCUCGGCACUGCAGCCAUCUUCUCUGAGAGGAAGUGCAUCUGCUGGUCGAAGUGGGAAAGUGAGCACGACAGAGGCCCUUCUGCCGCCGAUGCCACCGGAGUCCUUCACUGUUAAGAAAGGUGCGCUGUGGGGUGCUGGGAUCGCGGCCCUUUUGGCACUGCUUGUGUACUUGUACCAGCGGCUUCGCAACUCCAGAUCCUCGUCGCCUAGGGUGAUUAUGCAGACUCGGGACAUUAAGCCGGGUAGUUUUGACCAGCCGUCUACUAGUGCUGUGCCAGUGACUGGUGGUUCGCUGCCUCAACUCGACAGCGACCGACAAGGAUGGCAGGUUGUCAGGGGGCCAGCAGGUAGUGGUGCUGUCAGCAUGGCGGAUGAGGAUGAAGGAGAGGAGAAAGGAAGGGAUCUUGUCAGCACACUACAGCCGAGUGAUGCAAGCCGAGCUAAGAGCCAUUUUCAGGAUGUUGUUCUGACGAGAACGGGGAAUGUGGAAGAUAUGAAAACCGAAACUAUUCAAGCAUACUCUGCGGAGGAGCUUGGAGAGAGUCAUGCCCUUGAGCUAGACUCGAGUGAGACUGAGGCCUCUUUGCCCCACUCCGGCGGAAAUCGACAAGGUAUUGCAGCUACAACUGCCACAGCUGCGGCGAGUGAGACGGAGGCCUCUUUGCCCCACUACGGCGGAAAUCAACAAGGUAUUGCAGCUACAGCUGCCACAGCUGCGGUUGUUGGCGCCGUUGCUGCCAUGGAUAACGACAUAGCAAAGCCUACCUCCACCACAGACAAUCUUUCCUCAACGGAUGGCCAUAGUAGGACAACAGUUGCUGCGGCUGGAGCAGUUGGGGCAAGUGGUGUGAGAGAGACUAUCGACGGUGAUAUUGCUGCGGCNGGCAAGUGGUUUGGGGCAAGUGGUGUGAGAGAGACUAUCGACGGUGAUAUCCCAGCACAGAAGCCCUCUGCAGCGGAUGAUCUUUCUUUGCCUGAUAGUGAUGUUACUGAUGUGCAGUCUGCUGAGGCCAAUUUGUCAUUGAGCGAACAACGAUCCAGCGGUGAUGCUACAGGUUUGACUGAAGGGCAUGCUGCAGAGGAAGAGAUCACUCCCCAGGCUACAGGGGCCCCAGGAGCAGCGGAGGGGGUUACGUCUGAAGACAAACUGAGUGAAACUGUGGAUGAUGCUGAUGAUGAGAGUGCAACAGUGGCGAGUAGAAUUGGCGAAGCCAUGGAGAGGGCUGUCCAAGCAGAGAGUGAUGCGACGUAUGGACGGGAAGAUGUUGAAGGGGAAACUGUGGAUGAUGCUGAUGCCAGUGAAACAGUCGCGAGUAGAAUCGGUGAAGCCAUGGAGAGUGCUGUUCAAGCAGAGAGUGACGCAACAUAUGGAUGGGAAGAUGUUGAUGGUGGAGAUGAUGAUGAAGGGAAUGGUGUCCUGGUCAACGGGGGUGAUCUGACAGGUGUAAAUGGAUUUGAUUACACUGACGAUACUGAUCAUGGAACUGGUGAUGGGGGAAGCAGUGGUGUGCAAGAUGAAGGCUAUGCAGUGGCUGUUGUGCAAGGGAGGGGACGUGAAGGAGAAAGGGAGGAAGAUCAAGAACUUGGGAAUGGGUUUUCAACAGUUUCAACAGCCGCUAGAGAAGAGGAGGUUGACGACGAUGAGGUUAGAAAAGGUCUUGUGGGUGACGUUGUGGGUAGCAGCUUACUUGCAGAUGGAGUUGGUAGGAGAGACUCUUUGUCUGCUGAAGCUGGAGCUGACGUUGCAGAGCAUGAGGAUGAUUUGAAGGGCGGUCAAUCUGGUGAUGAGCCUGACGAUGACUUGGAAGAUUAUGAAAAUGAUACCAGGGAGGCAUCGUUGUCAGCAGAAGAAGAGGAGAAGGAGACCACUUCUGGGAACGCGGUGAUAAGGUUGACUGCAACAGAGGAGGAAAAGGAGAUGGAGGCGGCAUUUCCGGUGGAUAAUCGUACACCAGAAAGGGGAGAGGAGAUUCUCUACACAGAUCUUGACCUGACGGAAGUUGAUGAGGAGCUACGUGAUGCAUUGGAAGAGGUUGCGGCGGCGGGUGAUCGGUUUGCCACUGCCCGUCAGGACAUCAAUAAAACAGUGAAGGCUGCGUUGCCUGCCAUUAUUUUUGGAGUCGGCGGGCUUGGAGCACUCGCUGGAGUUGCGGGCGUUCUGCAGGUGGUCGGCCUUGCUGCGACUGCGACAGUUGCAUCUCAGGUUGUCUGGGCAGACUCCAGAGAGAAGCUGGUGCAAGACUUGAUGGAGAUUAAGGACCAUAAAUCACUGAUGGAAUUCCUUCGCGCACGGAAGCUUGUCAAAGAUAGCUGAGCUGGAGGUGUGUUGGCUGACUGGUAUGGAUUACGGAUGGAUUACGGAGUUGUGAGUUUGGACUCUUGGAGUCAGAAAUUCGAGGCUUCGUACAGUAAGGUGGUACAGAGAUGCUGAGGGCUUCGAGGAGUCUCCGCCGACUCUCCGGGGUCGACUCGGACAUAUUGGGGUUUACGCGAGAAUCCUGUCGCGAUGAUCCAAUGUGCGUUUUAUGUAUUGAUUAGCUUAGCCUAAGCCAGGUCGGGCUGAUUUCAAGGGGGACGUCGUCAGCAUGUCCCAGCGUGCGAGAUCAGAUUGUCAUUAUGAAAUCUUUAGAUGAUGUGACAUUUCUCAGUGAGGUGGUUAUUACGUAGAGAUGUAGAUGAUACGUUCUUGAUGUCGUAUUUUUUUGACUUGGCAGGCACCUUGUUAGUGUUGUCUGAUCAUCUGUUUUCUGUUGAUGUCAACAACUGGUGGUGUGUACUGUCAGAGUGCGUGUCCAAAGGAGGUUGAGAUGGCUUCCUCUUUGAGAACUGCAUUUUUGGAGUCGGUAGUCUGGUGGUGGUCGUAGAAGAACCAGAGGUCAUCGUCUGUCGAAUCUUGUUGCUGACCUUGCAGUGAUGCUGGCUUUCGAGCCGUGGAGAUGGGGUCACCGAGAAGCACCAGGAUUCAGGAUGAGCUCGCUCGUGAAAGAGCAAUAACGUGUCCACAAAAGGACCACAAUAUUGUUUAGGUGCGUAGGAGAUUUAGGAGAUCUUAAAGUGCAUGUUCCUCAGCAGGGCCCGCACAAGGAGAGGGGCACUCCUGUCCUGUAGAGGUUGGUGCAAGGCUGCAUGUGGAGACCAUGCUAUGUGCAUGCAGGUUGGUGCAUGGCUGCAUGUGGAGACCAUGCUAUGUGCAUGCAACUGUCAGCUGUCACUCCUGGGUAGUUGGCGUCGUACUUGGCGACGAUCUUCCGGCACACCUUCACAUUUUGAUUUGAUAGGCAUGCAUUGUAUGUAUGAUUAUUGGAGUUUGCCUAUCCAUGGUGUAAAUAAUAUGUAGCGUGUUUGUAUGUGAGUUAAUAUUCUGUCCAGAAUCCAGAUUCAUAAGUCUCUUUGUUGUUUGUAUGGAUACUUUUGUAGGUAUGCUUGGCUUUUUUUCUGCUUCUCCUAUGGGUUUCCAUGUGGCCUUUCGUGUGUGCCCGCUUCUGCCUUGACUGUCCCCUGUGGGCUCUUGCCCCACCCCCUCUCCAUGAUGUACCUCCCCUUUGCGUCAUCUUUGAUUGAGGCCUCCGUCGUUGUUCUGAUAACUCUCUAUGGCUAUUUCUUUGGCAAACUUUUGCUUCGCAUCACACUGACUCUGUAGCCGUUUUUGUUCUUGUGAUCCAUGAUCUGUCCUCGCAUUUUGUCCAGAUCCCCUUCUGACAUAACUGGCCAUAAUAACCACUAGUGCUCUACUAUGGUGGAAGAGAAGAUAUAGCCACUAGUGCUCUAUUAUGGUGGUAGGGAAGGCCUGGGUAUCUUUUUCCCUAUCUCAGAAUGCCUGCAUAUUUUUCU